AUGCCGUCGUCUCCAUCCCGUGGCUCUGGCCUGCUCUUCUUCCUUGCCAUGGUGGCCAGCCUCUUCACCGUCGUGCUAUCCGCGGACAGCGAGUGGACCUGGUUCGACUGCCAAUCGUCGUCGACGGCGGCCUCUUCUUCCACCAACAGCACGUUCUGGUCCAACGUCGUCGCGCUCCCGGACGCGCUCCCGUCGGCCGCGGCACCCACGGGCUUCGCCUCCCUGUCCCGUGGCAACGGCACUGACCGCGCCUUUGUCGGCGGAAUCUGCCGCGGCGACUCCACGCCAGCUCAGUGCGCCACGUACCUCCAAAACGCCGCGCUCGGCAUCAGGAGCCGCUGCAACACCACCCGCCGCGCAGCCAUCUGGUACGACGACGGCUCCACGGUGACAUAUCCGGCGCCGAUGUUCUGCUUCGUCAGCUACGCCGACAUGAACGCAUCCACGGCCUACGAGGACACGUACCGGCAGGAGAUGCACAACAACUUUGUGGUCUCCAACACGGCUGUCUUGGAGACAGCUUACAGCACGCUCAUGAGUAGCCUCUCCGGGCGCGUCGUCAACGGCUCCACCACGCCAUCGCCAGCACCGAUGUUCGCAACAGGGGCAGCAGUGUACGAUGCCACUGCGCCCAACGGCACCAUGUAUGGGCUCCUGCAGUGCAUGAGGGAUCGGACGGCGGCGGAGUGCGCCAAGUGCUUGAAUGACUCAGUGCAGCAGCUGCCGUCGUGCUGCCGUGGUCACAGGGGCGGGAUUGUGAUCGGCUACAACUGCUACCUGCGCAUGGAGGUCUACCCCUACUAUGAUCUGGCCCUCGAUGGGCCACCGCUUCUAGCUCCAGCUCCAGCUCCCUCGACCUUCGCUGGAGUAGGUCGGCCAGGAAAAAAGACGUUCGGCACGACUCUCCCGGUCGCGCUCGCUGUUGGAACGGUGCUUGCUGCAGUCGUCGUCGUUGGUAUCUUCCUGUACAGACGAAAUAAGGCCAAGCAGAAGCAAAAUCCACAAGACAACAAUAGUAGCAAAGAAGAGGACACUGAAUAUUUUGUGUCCGUGCAACUUAAUCUAGUUGUGAUAAGAGCUGCAACAAACAAUUUCUCAGAUGAAAACAAACUUGGAGAGGGAGGUUUUGGAGAAGUGUUAAGAUGCGCGUUUUCUUCAGGUUCUCCAGAUGCACGGGGACUUCUCUACCUUCACGUGGAGUCCCGCCUGAAGGUCAUCCACAGAGAUCUGAAGCCGAGCAAUGUGUUGCUCGAUGCGGAUAUGAACCCUAAAAUUUCAGACUUCGGCAUCGCCAGAGCUUUCCAAGGAGACCAAUCUAGGGAUAUAACAAGACGACCUGUCGGAACCCUCGGGUACAUGUCCCCGGAGUAUGCCUACUGGGGGCCAAGCUUCGGUGUUAUAGUCCUGGAGAUGGUGACCGGGCGAAGGAACAACUGUGCAUACGACUCUGAAAUAGACUCCGUGUCUGUGCUGAGCCAUGUCUGGGAGAAGUGGAGAACAGGUUCGACAGCAGAUGUGGUUGACCCAUUGAUGUCCGAAUGGGGUUAUUCAGAAAGCGAGGUCCUCAACUGCAUUGAGAUCGGGCUUUUAUGCGUCCAAGAGAACCCGGCCGAUCGGCCGGACGCCUCUGCUGUGGUGCUUAUGCUCAGCAGUCCGACCUCCACUUCCGAUGACAGGCAAACCCCGUCUAGGCCAGCCUUCGCCUUCAGCUCCGGCUUCACUGCUGCUGCCUCAGGUGGCCCAACAGCCGGUUCUUGGAGUUCUGACAGUGUGCUGAUUGGCGAUCAGCAGCGCUCAACGGCUGCGGUUUCAGAGAACGAGAUGUCCAUCUCAGAGCUUCAGCCGAGGUAG